CUCUGUGAAGGUGGUCAUCACUUUUUAAUCUGGAAGAAGAAAGAAAGCAAAACAAAAACACGGUGAAGGUUUGUAGAAUAAACCACAGGAGGUGAGAGAGGGGGGGAUAAAAAGCUUGUUAAAAAAUAAAUAGAUAUAUAUAUAGUUAUUUAUAAAGAUAAAUAAAGUCAGGUUUUCAAGAUGGCAGACACAGAACAAGUUUCCUCAACAACUCCAAAUGAAGUGGAAGAAGACAAGAUGAAGCCUUGGACUGAGUCAGCUUGGAGUGCGACCACAGAUAAGGAACUGUUCCAGGAUGAAGGUUUGUUUGGUGUAAAACAGGAUGUCCAGAAUGUCAGAGAAGCUCCUGUGGAAGCUGCUGGAGAAGUGAGCAGACAGGAGGAGACUGAGAAGGAGAACAAAGAAUGUCUGGAGAAAUCUGUUGGUCUGGUUUCGAACCCUGUUGAGUGUGAAAGCCCUGAGGAACCUGACAGCACUCAGAUGGAGGAUACAGGAGACCAAGAACCUGUGGUUUCAUCUGCUGCAGAGCUUCACAAUGCUUUUAGAUCAGAAGAGCUCCAGGAGCUGAGAACCAAGCCUCAAGAAGAGCUUUUCUUCGAAUCAGACCACGAAACACAAGAGGAGGACUUUGGUUUUAAUUCAAGUGUGAAAGUGGAAGCCUUUUCAGCUCCUGUUGAGCCAGAGAAAGCUGUAAGUUCAGUCGUGGAGGAGAAAAAAGAGCCCGAAAGGAGGACCCUGUUGGAGGAAAGCUUCGGAGCCGACUCCGAGUCGACUCCCGCAUCCCCUGCGUCUCCAUCAGCCCAUGAACCCAGUCUUCCUUCUUCUGCUGCUGCUUCUUUUCAGAAUCUGAUGCAAUAUACUUCAGAAUACGAGGAUCUUUCAUUAAUAACUAACACGCAGCCCAGCUUUAAAACGACCAUGGAUGCGUUCGCCAACGAUCCACCUUCCAGAAGCGUGACCAGAUACGACCCGGACGUAUUAAACCAGUCCGACGAUGACUUGAUGUUCGAAACAAAAAGGAACCCUUUUCAAGACUUCUCACCUGUCGAGAAAGCUGCCAGCGAGUUCUCCGCUUUCGCUGAAACUACAGCAGACAUCAGAGCAUCGAAGAUGUCAGAUAGUCCAUCUCCAGAUCUGGUCCAGAACGCCCAUGAAUUAGAGCCGCAGGACAGUUUGUCCUCGCAGGACUACGAGCAGUCUUUUGAUUCCAGAGAAGCCGCCACAGAGUCUCUGAGGCAACAGCUUGCUUCUUCUGACUUUUUUGGGACUGGUCCUAAAGCUAAUGAGGAAUCUGGUUUGCCACCAUCUCUCCCAGAUAUUUUGAAGUCUUCUCCACGAAAUCAGGAUAAAGCAGACUCUGGAUCUUCAGAAGGAAGUCCUGAUUUUAGUCCAGUCCAUAGGAGUGGUAAUGAGUCACCAAAUGCUCCUUUCUCACUUUCGGCAAACAAUCCGUUUACUUUUGAAGCGAAGGUUCCUUUGGUUAAGGAGAUGGCCGAGGAGACCGAGGCGAAGGCUGCCGGUAGAGGACAGAUCGAGAAAGUAGGAGAAGAAGAAGAAGAGAAGGCUUCCGAGCAAAUGUUCGGCACAUUUGAUCUCGUUAAGGAAGCUGAAGUUUCACCAAAAGGCACCGAAACCAUCAUUGAAGAGCAAGACGACUUUCAGACUUUGAGCCAAGAUACCGCUCAAGUGUUUGACAAGUUCGAAUGUCUUAGCUUCCCAACUGGAAAGGCCCAAGAACAUUCUGACUCUGAAAGCCCAUCUGCGGAUUCACUCUCUCCAGUUUUGGAGGCCAUGGCAAAGAACCCAGCAAGUUUCCAGAUGGAACCCGAGAAGAACGUCGCGCAGGAGGAAACCGAGGCCACAGACGAGAUCUCCGAACAAGAAGUAUCUUCCGAGGAGUUCGAGUUUGUCGAGAAGCCUCCUCGAGGUGCCAUUGAUGACUUUUUGGAGACGCUUGAAAACCCGAAGGCAUCAGAAUUGGCCGACGACGAUGAGGACACCGCUAAAUUUGAAGAGCAGGUGGAAGAACCGAUCCCAGCUGUACAGGAGACGAAAAACCAAUCUUACUUUCUCCUCACCGAAUCGUCUAACGAGACCUCUCCGGCGAGAGGUAAGGCGGGCCUAGAGUUGUCCGAUUUCCAAGUGCCCUCCCAGGCUCCUCGGCCACCUAGUCCUGUGAUCACAAUCGAGACGGUGGCUGUGAGGAGAGCGGAACCUAAAGACCUGAAGCUGCCUAACCUGAACGCAGGAUCAGUGAUGGAGCUGCUGUACUGGCGCGACUUGAAGAACUCUGGCAUCGUGUUCGGAGCGAGUCUCCUGCUCCUGCUGUCACUCAGUGUGUGCAGCAUCAUCAGCGUGCUGUCCUACGUGGCCCUGGCUUUCCUCUCCGUCACCAUCAGCUUCAGGAUAUACAAAGGCGUGCUGCAGGCCAUCCAGAAGAGCGACGAAGGCCACCCGUUUAAGUUGUAUCUGGAGCAGGAAGUUUCUCUGCCUGAUGACGUCGUCCGCAAAUACAGCGACGUGGCCCUCGGACGGGUCAACACCGCCAUCAACGAGCUGCGCCGCCUCUUCCUGGUCGAGGACCUGGUCGACUCCCUGAAGUUCGCCGUGCUCAUGUGGAUCCUGACGUACGUCGGUGCCUUGUUCAACGGACUCACUCUUCUCAUCCUGGGUCUGGUUGCCAUGUUCACCUGCCCAGUAGUGUACGAAAAACAUCAGGCACAGAUCGAUCAUUACGUCGCCCUGGUGAGGAACCAUGUCAAGGAUGUCGUUGGGAAGGUCCAGGCUAAAAUCCCAGGAGCGAAGAAGAAAGAGGAGUGAAAGGGUUUUCCGUGCCCCGUCUCACACACUUAUUUUCACAGAUCUCUCCCCCACACAAGCCGUCACACCCGGUGGAAAUCCUGCUCGUUCUUCAUUCUGCCUUCUUUUUUUCUUCUCCUCCCUCUCUCUCUCUCUCUUCAUAUCCAGUCGCUACGAUGAAGUUGUAAAUCCUUUUGAGCCACUACUUAUUUAUCUCGACACACUGACUGGUGUAUGAUAAGACUCGUGUUCCUGACAGAGCGAUUCUAGUAUUCCAUUAACUGGGUUUGUCAACUGCAUCCUCCUCCUCCUCAUCUUCCUCCUCCUCCUCUAGGUCCUUACGUGUUUCAGAUAUAAUUCAGUUCAUUCACGUUUGUUUGUUUUUUUGGGUAUGAUUUUAGUGUUCCUGUAAUUGUACCGUUUUAUUGAUGAACCAUGUAGAAACCUUUCACAAACAGCUUCUCGCCUUCUUCGGGCGGCUCUUGCGUUGUAACCGGCAGAAGAGUCGCUCCGUACUUCAUGCUUCUGAGUAUUUCUAGGCGAAUUAGACUCGCGCUAAGAGAUAAGAGCGUUCACAUAUUAACGAGACGCCAUUUCACGUCAUCGCGGCUUAUUUAGCGAAAUCUCUGGAACGGAACGGUCGAAAGAAAAACGUUUACAAGACAUUUGACUUGGAGAAAUAUUAAAAGGAAAAAAAAAACAAAAAAAAACUAUUUGUGGACCCAAUACUUACAGCUGCAUCGUUAUGUAACAUGACUUAACAUGGCAUUGUUUGUUAUGCAAGUAAUUGUGAAUGAUACUUCAUGCGGUCGUGGUGAACAUCUGUGGAAUGCAUUGUGAAAUGUCAAACAAGCACCAAUAAAGCUUCUAGACAAA